AUGAAGGAUAUCUUGGUGAAGAGAACUCUCCCUUCGGUUGGAAAACCUGCUGUGGACUGGUCCGACGAGGGAAAGAUUGCAUUUGCUUGUGAGAGUACCGUGACGAUUGUGCAUUUGGAAACCCUUAAUUCAUUCGAAACAUCCUUCUCACCUGAAAAUAUCAAAUUGCUGAAAACAGAAGAAAUUCCACAGCCGAUUAAUUUAGAUAUUAUAUCUCCGGAUGAAAAGAUUUCCGCAGGAGCGAUGAACUCAGAUUCCCAGGUUAUAUCCGUUUUUUGGUCCCCUUCAAGAUUUUCAGCCGAUGGUUAUUGUUACUUGGCAGCAAUUACCAAUGACUUCAAUUGUGUAAUAUAUGAACAGAUAUCAGAUCCCAUAGGAAUUAUGUGGAAGCAGAAGUUUAAUUUAUUCCACACUCUUGCGCACAAGUUUUUCGAUGCUAAUGCUGCGAAAAUCAGCCAACCAAUAAUGAACAAAGCUAGAAUAGCCUCAUUCGUUUGGAGCAAGCCCUUGAAGCAAAACUUUAGCAAACAUAAACUUUUUGCUGUUGGUACAGAAUCAGGUCACAUAUUAGUAUUGAGUAUCGUUGAUGAUCAAUUAUUUUUGAUCUUUGGAAAGCAGGUUUCAACUUUAAGAAAAUGCAGUAAUUUUGUAACGAGCAUUACAUGGUCAGAUUGGACUUUAAAAAAUGAUACACACGAGUCAUAUAUUUUUUAUGUUUUACCAAACAAUUCUUUAGGGUAUGUUAGAAUAACCUCUAAUCUAGAUAAGUUUGAAAUUAAAUGUUCAGAUGAUCCCGUCAUUUUUCAAAAUGCUACUAAAUUCAAACCUGAAGGGCCAUUGAGACUAGUACACACAGAAAAGCGUGGAUUAGUGCUAUUUUAUCUUUUUGCGGGCUUUUUGAAAGGCUAUGUUGUGGACAUAGACAAACUAUUUUCAGUGAAAUUGGCCAGUAUUGAUCAACGUAGUGGCUUUUUUGUGAAUGAGAUGAACAAUGUUAUGACGGUAAAGAUUGUGAACAGUCUCAUUGCUUUUGAAGAUGACGAAAAUAAAAAUACCUGGUUAUUCAAGGUAAAUUUUGAUGUUGAAAAUGGAUUUCAUGAGCCAGUUAUUGGAAAAGAUGUUUGGCCCGCAUUUUAUGAUCUCGUUUCCAGAAGAGUUGAAUCUUCAAAUGAUUCUUCUUUGAAAUAUUUUGAAUGUUUGGGAAUUUGUACAAGCUCAUUUAAGGAAAGUGGUUGCGUGUUGCUUAAACUAUUUAAACCCAAUCUUAUAGACCAAAGAAUCUUAGCUGCUUCAACCAUUCAUGUCAAUUUCAUUCCAAUGGCUGCCAAAACGGACACUAAAAUGAUGGAUGCUACUGAUAUUGAUAGCUGGGUAGCAGUUGGAGGACCUCCAGUCAAUUUUUUGAUGGAGAAAAGUAUUUUAAAACAAUCAUAUUUCAAGAAAUUGAAUAUCACCAAUAAGUUGUUGGUGAAUGAAUACAAGGAUGCAGUGGACAAUUUAUCUAAUUUUGAUCCCAAUUCCGUCCAAUAUAAGUUUUCAAGUGAAGGCACUGUUGUCGAAAUUGAGCGAAAUUUAGACUACGUGUUUUAUCAGCAUCCGGUUAUCAAAAAACUUCAAAUGUUUUGUAUUUUACUUAAACGUCCAAAAAAACCUCGAUAUGACGAUAUCAAAAAUAUGAGUGCAGAAUCCAAGCAGAAAGCGGAAGAAGAAUUUGAAGAAGACUGUCAAAUAUUUGAUACUUUGCAUGCUGACAUUGAAAGGAAAAUUAUGGGAAGUAUUGGGAGAUUGAUUGUUGGUCUUGUCAAACACUUCAAAGUACCUUUGAAUAAUAGUUUUGACCAGGCCAUCUAUUAUGGUGCAUUGAUGGUUAAUAUGAAAUACAAUAAUGUACCCAGUCCUGAAAUUGAUGAAUCUUACAUCAUUCCGUUAGAAAUCUAUGAAGGUUUUGAAUUAAAUUUUGAUUUUGACUACAAAAAGAAUUCUGAUACGAAAUGGGUAGAAACUACUGAUGGUUUGAAAUUUGAAAGGUGUCCAACCACAUUAUUGCCAGUUUUGGAGAAAAAUGUGAAACAUUGUGAAAUUUGUGGCAAACAAUCAUUAUUUAUGGAUCAUGAUGCGGAUGACUCUGUAAAGCUGGCCUCAGGUAGCAAAUUGCUACGUGUGAUCACUGAAACUCUUACAAAUUGUAUAUAUUGUGGUGGCAAUUUGGUUAAAAGACCUUAA